AUGGCAGAUGUGGUUGUUAGUUCGUAUAGCAACUCCACCGCUUCUAAUUUUUCGAAUCCGUCAUCGUCAUGUCGGCACCUGACGACGUCUGUUGGUCAUAAAGAUGACGUGAAAAAUGGUUGUAAAAAAUCUUUGGUCAAUCCGCUUGCCAGUACAAAAAACAUCACUAAUAUCAGGACUGCUUACGGCGGGAAAGUUGUCAACGAAAUUACAUUAAAAAAUGAUGGUGAAGAUGAAGAGAAUGAUGAAAGUGACGACGACGAUGACGACAAAGAAUAUUUCAACAAAACUUUCCCAAAUGACAAACAUCUUCCUAAUAAUUUUCGUGAAAGAAAGGUCCGACUCUCGUCAUUAAGAGUUGAUGCUGUUCUUAGUGCUGGCCUAAAUAUCUCUAGAAGUAAAAUAGAUGACUAUUUCCUUGGUAGCAAAUUGAAAUUAAACGAUGGAAAGGUUCUUAAGAAGAGUCUCAAAGUUAAAGAAGGAGACUGCAUAGAUUUAACGACGGCCACUGAAGAUGGCGCUAAAGUCACUAAAAACAGCGCCAGCAAUUUAGACAAUGCCGCCGAUUGCGAUGAACCACAAAAAUUAAGAAAUAAGAGAGUUAGGAUUGUUAAAGUACUAGAUAAAGAUUCAAAGACUAAAAAAUAUACACUGUAUUUGAGGUCAUGGAAAGCUGGCAUUGUGUAA